AGAGAGAGAGAGAGAGAGAGAGAGAGAGAGAAUCUGGCAAGCGCUAGCGCUGCGUGUCCGGAGCGCGCGCGCGUGGGGUCGGCCGAGCCCCACGGCUCUCAGAGCGUUCCUUUGCGGCGUUUGUUCCGGGAAAGCGUCGUGGACUGGCUGUGCCCUGCGGGCGGCGGGUACAAGCGCAGGCCGAGGAUCCUGCGGCCAAGGAAUCCGCUUCGGAGCCCGCUUUUCUCCGCGCAGCUUCUAACAACCGUUCACAUCCCUCUGCCCCGCAUCUGAGCCUGUGGCACAUCUCAGAAACCGUCCUGGGCCAACUCUUGUCUUGCUAGCUCUCCAAGGUUGGGUCGGACCUGAACCCCUCAAAGCGGAACCGCCUCCCGCCUUCGCGCCCGCCGCCCGCCCAGCGCUGAGUGGCCGGCGGCGGCCGGACCCGGGACUUUUGCUCGCGCCCUGGAUGGAGCUGAACUUUGGGCGGCCGGAGCAGCGCCGAGGCCCAGCGAUCCCUGCCCGCUGAGCUCGCGCGGGGAGACCCAGCGGCGGCCCGGGAAUUUUGGGGGGGCGGGGACCCACUGCGCUCCGGCACCAUGUUCCUGGCCACCCUAUACUUCGCGCUGCCGCUCCUGGACGUGCUUCUAAGCGCCGAGGUGAGCGGCGGGGACCGGCUGGACUGCGUGAAAGCCAGCGACCAGUGCCUGAAGGAGCAGAGCUGCAGCUCCAAGUACCGCACGCUGAGGCAGUGCGUGGCGGGCAAGGAGACCAAUUUCAGCCUGACCUCGGGCCUGGAGGCCAAGGACGAGUGCCGCAGUGCCAUGGAGGCCCUCAAGCAGAAGUCGCUGUACAACUGCCGCUGCAAGCGCGGCAUGAAGAAGGAGAAGAACUGCCUGCGCAUCUACUGGAGCAUGUACCAGAGCCUGCAGGGGAAUGAUCUGCUUGAAGACUCCCCAUAUGAGCCAGUGAACAGCAGAUUGUCGGAUAUAUUCCGGGUGGUCCCAUUCAUACCAGAUGUUUUCCAGCAAGUUGAGCACAUUUCCAAAGGGAACAACUGCCUGGAUGCGGCCAAGGCCUGCAACCUGGACGACACCUGCAAGAAGUACAGGUCGGCCUACAUCACCCCCUGCACCAGCAGCAUGUCCAACGAGGUCUGCAACCGCCGCAAGUGCCACAAGGCCCUCCGGCAGUUCUUCGACAAGGUGCCGGCCAAGCACAGCUACGGGAUGCUCUUCUGCUCCUGCCGCGACAUCGCCUGCACCGAGCGCCGGCGCCAGACCAUUGUGCCCGUGUGCUCCUACGAGGAGAGGGAGAAGCCCAACUGCCUGAAUCUGCAGGACUCCUGCAAGACUAACUACAUCUGCAGAUCUCGCCUGGCAGAUUUUUUUACCAACUGCCAGCCAGAGUCAAGGUCUGUGAGCAGCUGUCUGAAGGAGAACUAUGCUGACUGCCUCCUCGCCUACUCGGGGCUCAUCGGUACAGUCAUGACCCCCAACUACAUAGACUCCAGCAGCCUCAGCGUGGCCCCGUGGUGUGACUGUAACAACAGUGGGAAUGACCUGGAAGAGUGCAUAAAGUUUUUGAAUUUCUUCAAGGACAAUACCUGUCUUAAAAAUGCAAUUCAAGCCUUUGGCAAUGGCUCCGAUGUGACUGUGUGGCAGCCAGCCCUCCCAGUUCAGACCACCACUGCCACUAGCAGCACUGCCUUCCGGCCCAAGACCAAGCCCCUGGGACCAGCAGGGUCUGAGAACGAAAUCCCCACCCACGUCUUACCGCCUUGUGCCAACUUACAGGCACAGAAACUGAAAUCCAACAUAUCGGGCAACCCCCAGCUCUGUCUUGCUGAUCGGGAGUUUGAGAAGAACGGUCUUGCUGGGGCUUCCAGCCACAUAACCACAAAAUCAAUGGCCGCCCUUCCACGCUGCACUCUGGGCCCACUGCUGGUUCUGGUGGUCACUGCCCUGUCCACCCUCUUAUCUUUAUCUUUGGCUGAAACAUCGUAGCUGCAUCGAAAGAAUACAAGUAUGGACAUGUAAAAAGACAAAAGACAAAAAAAAAAAAUAACCCCCCCACACAAAUGAUGUUUCCUGUCCUCUUGUAUAUCUGAAAUUCCAGUUUUAGGAGCUCAGUUGAGACACUGCUCAAACACUUUUAUCUGACUGGAGGAACUUAUGUUGUUGUUUUUUUUCCUUUUCUUUUCUUUCUUUUUAUUUUUUUUUUCAAGAAAGCUUCUUUGUGAUCCUUGGGGCUUCUACAGGAUACUCAGUGCUGCUACAUUCCAAACUCGAAUGGCUUUGGGGCAGGCUGAGUUAAAAGGGGACAGUCUAUUAAUUUAGUUGUAAAGCAAAUGGAGCCAUGUUUUUUCAUGAGGAUGAGGAGGAGGGGGAGGAUUUUAACCAUUGAACUCAGACUACUAGCAGCAAGGAGGAGGUAGGAUUUCAAAAGCAUUUUCCACAGUUUAGGGAGUCGCUUUCAUUUCUGCAACCUUAGAGGGAUGGCAGGCUUUCCUGUCACCAGAUGAAGAUUCUCAUCCAGAACGUAGGCACAUCCCGGACGGAGCUCUUUCCGAGCAUCGUGGGCCUCUCUAUGCUAACGUUCAUGUGUGGGGAGAAGCUUUGUGCUCUCCUACCAAAAACACCCAAUCCAUCCCCAUGUAGCUUCUGUCUUAGUCAGCAGAGAGGGUGAGGACCCUGGGAGGGACCCCCACUCCCACCCUCCCAGCCUUACGGAGUGAGAAGCCCUUGAAAUGAAGAAGUCACACAUAGCUGAAGUUUCACUCUGAUAUGCUUUCCACUCACAAGGUUAGAGGUAGAGAAAAAAAAAAAAGUUUGCUCAGUGAUUUCAGUGAUUUGGCUUUCUGUAUUUCCAAAGUAAGGAUGCUGUCUUCAUUUUUUUUUUCCCCUCGAACUAAUGGUUUAAGACAAUCUCCAUGGAGCUUGUUUUCCUCUCCUAAGUAGUGUUAGCUCCGAUAUCAACUUCGUGACUCCAGCUUUCUAAACGCAGACUGCGAGGAGCCUCAUGCUUUAGCAGAAAGCUCUGCCUCUGUGGACAGGCAGGAGGAAAAUAGAGCAGUCACGCGGGCUCUUUCAUCAUCUCUGAAACGCCGGCCUGCAGCCCUGCUUGGAGACUCGGCCCCUUGUCAGCGUUCUGCCACGUUUGAUGGCCCGCUUGCCCAUGGGCUUGAGCCAGAGCCCGGCUUUUUAUGUGACCCGACAAGGCAGCUCUGAAGGGCACCGGGUGGCACCCGCUGCCCUCCGUUCUCAAGCAGAUCCAUAUGGGGGGGGGGCACAGCAGUUUCCCCAAGUUCUGGCUCCUAGAACUGGGACGGCCUGGUCCUGACAGGGAGUGGUUUGGUCUGUGGGUCAUCAGGCCUCGUGUGCUGUCACCUUCCUGAGCGAGCAAGACUGAGUUUGUGAAAAGGAAGAACAAGUGUGUGUACCACGACGGGGGGAACUCCGAGGGGUGUGAGAGGAGUUGGUUGGCACAGACACCCCAGAGAAGAACUCUGGAUACCAGGCCUGGAGCUCAUGAGCCACAUGCCACCGGCCGGCCUCUUCCUGAAGCCAGUUCACCCUCAAGUGCACUUCAGAAGUCCGGUUGGAGAGGCUCAAUUCUGAAUGGAGGAAGAUGGAGCAGGAGGUGCCACGUUGCCACCUGAGCGUGAGCGUGGACACGUGGGCCCAGCCUCAGUGGCAUGUAGAGAGCGUGGCAUGCGUCCACAGCAGGGAGGGGUGUGUGUGUGUGCGGGGUGGGGGAAGCCCGUUUCAUUGUGAUCCUCUUUGCCCGCUGAUGUUAGCCUUGUACGAGUUAAUCAGAUUCCUGGGAUGGGAAAAAAAAAUCUAUUCAAGAUAAAGGCAUAGUCUUUUAGCUCUCUCGGUGUUUGAAAUACAUUUAUACCCAAAUGUUAAUAAACAUAAAUGUAUACUACUAAGCACUGACUUUUUUCACUUUAAAAUGUUUUCAAGGGAAAUGCAUCAAACCAAUUUGAUUAGUGGAAGGUUUCAUAAAGACUCUUACUUUGAAUAAACACAUUAAAGUGUCAAAAAAAUGUUCGGCAUUCCAGUCAUCUAUAAGAACCUAUCUCUUACUGAGCGUGGUUUGUUUUAAUUAACGUAUCUCUCUGUAUCUACAUGGGCGAGUGUGCACAGAUCUCGUCCUGUGUGAUCUACUGUGAAAGCUAUCGAUCCUUUGUGCGGCUAAUUAGCUUCAGAUGACCACAGAGGAAUCAGGAGUUAUCACAGCUAACAAGGGGAGUUUUCAUAGAUGGGCGUUGGGUGUGCACCUCAUAAAUUAAAUUCUGAAAAGUCUCAUCUGUCACCAAGCUCGUUUUUCUUCAGGUCUAGGAGCAUAUGCAUUAGAGCUACCAAAUAUUCAAUUUGAAAAUCACUUGCUGAUUAAAUAAACAGGGGGGAUGGAUGUUUGUGACAGCGUGUUCAAGAGAUUUG